UUCAGUUUUGGGUUUUCUUAUUCAACCCUAGCCGCCGUAUGGCACAUAGACGCAUUUCAGUCUCAAAUCAUUGCUCAUCAAAGCAACAAUGUCGUAAAAAUCUCUCAUUUUUCUCUUGCAAUUACCUUCAUCCUCUGGAUUUCUUUAUACUCCCUCUCUUCUUUUCUCUGGAAAUUUAAGUUUAUUAGAUAAGAGCGUGCCGGAGCAAUUGCCUCCAGUGUUGGAUGCCACUGCAGAGCAACCUCCACUCUUCAACGGAACCACAAGUUGUUCCAAUUCAGCUGGGGGCACCUGCAAUUUGGCAGAACUAAGAUGAAAUUUGCAGAACAUUGAAGUAGUUACAAUCUUAACGACAUCAAGCUACAGAUGGAUUAAACUGUCAUGAAAGCUAGCAAUAGACUAAUAGCUAACAGGAUGCAAAGCUAUUUGACAUGUUCUCUUAUUGGCUCAAUAUAUUAAAUCGUAUAUGCUGCUUAAACCUCCCUUAGGGACAUUACAGAAUAUUUUAAAGUAAUUAGGUGAUUGAGAUGUUAACAUUAAAAAUUGAUGACAAUGGGAUUAAUUUGCUAGAACAUUGGAAAUUAUUUUAAAAAAUUUACUAAUGCGAUUGUCCUUGAUGUUGGGAAGCACCGGCUAUGCUGGCUUGUUAAUGUUUUGAAUGCUUUGGCAAAGUGCUAAUUUAUGCAAAAAUUCUUUAAAAAACCUUGUUUCUACUUUCUAGGCUAAUAUGGAUAUAUGGCCAUUAGCCCAUAAAAUUUUUUUUAUUCCUUUUCUUUAGAGGAAAAAAAAACAAUUUAAAAAACCUUGUUUCUACUUUCUAGGCUAAUUUAUGCAAGAAUAUGCAAGUUCUAGCCUUUUAUUUUUCUUAGUUCUUCUUUUUCUCUUUACCAUUUAUGAAUCUCUAACCAUAAAAAUAUGAGAAUCUGUUAUCUGUAACUGGCAAUAGGUCACUAGGUGGCUUAGUAACUUAGUAACUUUUUCCCUACAAGGUUUGGAGGAAUUCACGUGCUAUGCCUUCCAUUUACUUUUUAUUCAGUCUCCAAAAUGUUGAAAAAAGCAAUCAUCAUCGAAAUUGUAAUUGUUAAGGAAAAAGGUGGGAAAAUGCGAAGGUUGUCCCUCAAACUUUCAAUCUUCUCUCUGCUAUUAGUGAUUUCGCAAUCCUCAAAAUCCAAUGAAAAAUUUAAGAUAGAUGGAAAAGUGUUGGAGCUCGAUGAAUCCAACUUCGAUUCUGCCAUUUCCUCCUUCGAUUUCAUCUUUGUUGACUUCUAUGCCCCUUGGUGCGGUCACUGCAAGCGCCUCUCUCCCGAGUUAGAUGCUGCUGCCCCCGUUCUUGCUGAAUUGAAGGAUCCUAUAGUGAUAGCAAAAGUAAAUGCUGACAAGUAUACACGUCUUGCAAGCAAAUACGAUGUUGAUGGAUAUCCUACCCUCAAAGUCUUUAUGCAUGGUGUUCCUGUAGACUAUUAUGGACCAAGGAAAGCAGAUUUACUUGUUCGUUAUCUGAAGAAAUUUGUUGCUCCUGAUGUUGCAGUACUUAGUUCAGACCUUGCUAUAAGAGACUUUGUUGAAGCAGCUGGGACUAACUUUCCUAUAUUUAUAGGUUUUUACAUGAAUGAGACAUUGAUAUCAACUUUAGGCAAAAAAUAUAAGAAAAAUGCUUGGUUUUCUAUAGCAAAUGGUUUUUCAGAGGAGAUCAUGGUACAAUAUGAUUUUGAUAAGGUUCCUGCUUUGGUAUCCCUUCUUCCAAGUUACAAUGAGCAAAGCAUCUUUUAUGGCCCCUUUGAAGAGAAAUUUUUGGAGGACUUCAUAAAACAAAAUUUUCUUCCUCCAGCUGUGCCCAUGAGCCGUGAUACACUGAAGAUAUUGAAAGAUGAUGAGAGGAAAAUUGUCUUGACCAUCAUGGAGGAUGAAUCUGAUGAAAAAUCACAAAAGCUGAUCAAGUUCCUGAAAGCUGCUGCAUCUGCAAAUCGUGACUUGGUAUUUGGUUAUGUUGGGUUCAAACAAUGGGAUGACUUUGCUGAGACAUUCGGUGUUGAUAAGCACUCAAAAUUCCCAAAAAUGGUUGUUUGGGAUGGAGAUGAGGAGUAUCUCUCUGUUAUUGGUUUGGACAGCCUUGAAGAGGAAGACCAAGGAUCUCAAAUCUCAUAUUUUAUUGAAGGAUACAGAAAAGGGCAAACGAUACAGAAAAGAAUCAGUGGUCCAUCAUUCAUGGGUUUUAUCAAUUCGCUAAUUGGCAUCAGAACUGUGUACAUAAUUGUGUUUUUGGUUGCAAUGCUAAUGCUUAUACAAAGCAUCGGCAAGGAGGAACCUCUACGUGUCGGUACUCGAGACCAGGCUGACGAAGUGGCUGGUUCAGAAGCUGAAAGCUCCGAGUACAGACCAGGAGACAAGCAAGAUUAGGCUGGUUGUUGCACAAGGAUUGGUUUCGAAAGGAAGUUACACUGGAGAGAGAUGGCAGACUUGCGACGCUCUCCUACUCCUGCUGCUAAAUGCGCCCUGGUAGGACGUUCUAUUUUGCGAAGCAUUAGACUUGAAUUUUUUUUUUCUUGCGGCAGUUAGUGUGAUGAUUUAUGUUUUAGAUGCAAAAGAUCUAUUUAUGAUUUUUCAUGAUAAUAAUACCUACAUCAAUCUUAGGUAUUUAAUCAUCUUUUCAA